GGGGCGGGCGCCGGCGGCCGCGAUGGGGGAAGGCGGCGAGCGGCGGGCGGCAGAUCCCGACCGCCUGGCGCUGGAGCUGGGGCGGGAGAAGCGGAGGAAAAUAAAUUGAAUCAUCCAUGUCUGUAAGGGGUCUGUCUCUAAAGUACCUGCUGAUUCUCAGUGAUCGUGGAUCUAGUGUGAAGUCUUUCAAAAUCUUUUGUGACUCUAAUGAAAGUCAGCUUAAAUAUGACUCUGAAUUGUUGUAAUCAAGAUUCAGUACACAUUUUGAUUGGGAAAUGUCAUGACAUGUUUCAGAGAGAGAGAGGAAAGGCAUAUAAUGCUGCAGUAUCCAUCUUAACAGACAAAGAGGUCUUAAAGACAUAUAUUUAUGCAUGGCAGCUACUUACUAAUAUUGUGUGUUAAUUCAGCUUGUGAGAUUUCAUUUUCUGUGGCUUUCCUUGCCAGGAAAACUGCAGCAUUUUCCCAGCACACUGCUGACUGCAAGUGUCACACGCCCGUAGCUUUCAGUACUGUAUGUGCUCUUCCAUGUGGUGCCUCUGCACUGUGCAAUAUUGUUUCUGCUUUGUUCAUAGAUUCUGAAGGCAUCUAUGCAUUUUGUCUUCUACAGGACUCAAUAAAGGCCUGCCAUGUUAGAGAGCUGAUGCCCUAGAACUGAUGACUUGCCCCGAGAUUCUCCUAUAACGUUUCAUUGGUUUCUCUCUCCACUAUAGAAAACUGCUUCGGGCAGCCUUUUGCCUGAUACACGUACAAGAUAUCCAGGUCUGGGUAGCAAAACGUGCAGGAAAAUGGCUUUCAUCCUAAGUGACUGUCAUUGUCACGUAAAAUAGCACCUGUACACUGCCUUAAAAAGAAACUUAGCAUUUUUUUCCUCUUUUGUAGUUUCAAUCAGAGCCUACUUAUCUGAACUGUGCUUUUUUUCUCCUUUUCUUCACAAGAGCUUUCUUGUUAAUGCUUAGUAUGCAAGGAUGUUGUUAAGUUCCCCUGAUGAGCUUUCAGGAUUUAUGGGCUUUCUGCUGUGAUGACUAUAAAUUGUCCAUUGACAUGGAAAAGAUUUAUAGGCCUUGAACAUGUCUCAUUAAGUUUAACACGUGAGGUUGCAGGUAAAAUCAGAGCACAGUCCCUCUAAGUACAGAGCUAGUCUCUGGGAAGGCAGGUAGACACCUAUACACAGCUGCAUUAAAUUCACACUAACAGAUACAUGCCAUGACCAUCACUUCCUAUCACAAUUAGAAAUAACUCCAGAAAUGCAAAAUAUUCUGAUACAUUGGAAAGCUGAAAUGUUUACUGAGUUGGUCAAAGUGGUGUAUUUCUACAUCCUUUGUCUGCCAGAGAAGGGAUUGUAUUUUACUGCAUAUACACUGACUAAAACAAAAAGGUUUCACCCUGGAUGCAUUCUGGGUGCCACUGGAGUAUUAAAUGUUUAAUAACAAUUAGAGUUUUUUUAAAAGGGUUUCUGUUGCCAAAUGGAAAUAAGACUUUCUGUCAGUGUAGCAAUUACAAUCUGACACCUGACCAUUUAUCAUUUCUGUACAUCUAUUUAUCAGGUCAAAAUAUAGUUGGAAUUUGGCUUGCAGUUUUGCUAAUGGUACAGAAAGAAUAAUAAAAUCCGAUGUAUGAAAUAUUGUAUAUAGUCUUGGAAUUAACAGAAAUUAAAAACUGAAAACAUGGGAUUUAAGGAACUCAUUCUUUGUGUGUCAUCCCUCUGCAUCCAUCUGAGCACUUAAUUAAGAUUUCUUGGAAAAGGAAAACAAUUUCAUUUUGAUACAGCUCAGCUCUGGUUACAGCAUUAAAUGUUUCUAAUUUUCAGUGUUAUUUCCUUCAAAAACUUUAAUUUUAGCACUCACUGUCAUCAUGGUUUCCUCUUUUCCAAGCUCUGAGAGGUUGAUAGAAUAUGCUAUGCAGAAACCUUAUCUAUUUGUGUUGGAAUGAUAGCAGCAAUGUAGUAAAAUUUUGUCUUUCUUCUUCCUAGCCAUCUGCCUCCUUUAUUUGGAGUGGGAGCAAACAGGCAGCAGCAAGCAGAUUUCCUUUGGUUUUCCUACAUCUAAGCUUUUUGACUCGUGUUUCAAGGCUAUCUUUGGCUGGGUUUCAUCCAAAAGGACAUCCUUUUUGUCUCUAGCAAGUUUCCAAUACUGUCACUAUUUCUUUUCCUCUCUAAUUUAAUGUUGGUAGGGACAAAAAGAGCAGUGGAGCAAGGAGGGCUUGGAAGGCCCAGCUCUCCUUUGCCACAUUUUUGAUAUCUGUCUUGCUGUUCUACAGCAUGUUUCUUUCACUGAAGUCGUACUUGAAUUACCUUAAAUUACUCUUCUUUACAUUUCUUUACUAUUUCAGCUCUUCAGCCCUCCCUAUUCCAAGCAUAGCUCUUCAGUUCCUUAUGAUCAGUUGGUUUGUUUCCAGUUGAAAUCUGAUGUUUCAGGCUAUGAAAAAGAAUUGUUAUCUACUGAAGUAACAGGACUAAUGCAACAGCCAAUUUAUUGCCUCCUUUAAAUACCACAGGCAGAUGCUUGAAAUCUCAAUAUUUCAACUGAGAAACACUGUAGCAGAACUGGAAGAAAGACUUAACUGUGUUGAAGAUGAAGGUAAUGAAUGGAAAACCAGAUAUGAGACACAAGUAGAACUGAACAAACAGCUGGAAAGGCAAAUUAAUAUUCUUCGAGAUAAGGUGGAGCUUAUUCGUGGAAAACCAGCAGAUAAAUUGUCCGUUGUUCGCACAUUUGAUCAAAUGCCUGUGGGUUCCUUAAAGAAGGUUCUUAAACAGCUGGAAAAAGAGAAGAAGAGUCUCCAGAAUCAGCUAAAGGACUAUAAACUUAGACUAGAACAAGAAGCAAAGGCUUACCACAAAACUAAUGAUGAGCGGCGCAUGUACCUCUCAGAGAUCCGACAGACCUCACCUACACUUAAAACUGUUGAAAGGCAUCAACCAGAUGCUCUGAUUGGCAAGGGAGAAAAACAGAUACUGAGAGGGAGAUACAGUGUUCCAGGAAACCCGAAGAUGAUUAACCCUCAAAAACGAUCCAUUAAAAAGGCUGUAAGAGUGAAUCAGCUUCCACAACUAAAGCACUGAUAUAAUAUUAAUGCCAAGAAUUUCCAGUCACUUUAAAAAAUAAAUAAGCGAAAGUUUCUAAACUGAAAAUGAAAGUAUUAGUGCCUUAUUGUAAUACCAGAACCAGAUUGGCAUGUCUUCUUGGCAGCCUUAAUCUACGUGUGCCUCUGUCUAAUGGACUUUUCCUUCUAGUUACCGUCUUUCUACUGGUGAUCUCUGAUCCUUUCCAUUCUGCUUCACAUCAGUGAUUAUGGGUGUGAGGGUGAUGGAAGACUUGGAGAAUAUUUAAUAUCUUUAUACACUAUGUAGAUCCUUGAGCUCUGCACAGCAACCAUGGAAAACAAACAAGCCUCUAGCAAUUUUUACCUCUCAACCAAGAAGAAGAAAAAGGCAGGCUGAUGUAACCUAAACUAUUGUCUCCAAUAUAACCUUUUUAAAAGCUGCUUUGCCACAGAUCCUGUGUUGACACUCACUUUCUGUCUGCAUGGUUUAGAAGCACAACACCAUUUCCAGGUACUUUAGGCAGUAGUAAUGGAUAGAAAUAACAGAAAAAUUGAGCACUUUUUAUUAAGGAUUCUUCAGAGCCUAUCUUACCAAGGGGUUGCUUCUUUUAAACAUUAUAUCCAUGUUAUUUUUCUUGAUAUUGGUAUGUUACUCUUUGAAAUUUAAACUCUUAGAUGAACCCUUGUAUCCACAGUCUGGGUUCCAUAAAAAUCUCUUGUAUUCUUCAGUGGCACUGUUCUCUGUACUUUUAGGGUCCAAAACAGUGCCAGUCCUAAAAGUCAUCUCUUCAGUGAAAAUAGAACUACUUUGUCUUUUUAUUCUUAAUCAUGCAAUUAUUGUUGCAGUUUUAUUACCUACAUUUUAGUCAUUAAACUUCAGCACAAAUUUUUCAAGUGGCAACAGGAAAAAUUUGGUAAUGAAACUUCAAGCCUCUGGGUUACAUCUUAAAAGUUCUUGGCAGAGCAAAUGUGAUUACUUGGCUGCCCUUUAUUAUUUUAAGAGCAUCCCUAGCUCUUUGCAAUAUGAAAGCCUUUUGCCUCUUUGAGAGCAGUACUAAUAGUUCUUUAUUACUGGCAGCAUUAAAGUAUUGCUGUAAUUAAAUCCAUCCAAAAAGACCAAGGGUGUAACUCUGACAUUCAGAGAGAAAAGACUUGCAACCUAUUCAGUAUGGAAACCCCAUUUUUUUCUCUUACACAGUAUGAAAUUCAUUACAAAUAUUUCUAAUGUUACCAUGAUGCACCUGGUAUCAUCCUUCUAUAAGCAGGGUGGUCAGCCUGGCCAGUUUUUUAACUCACAGCAUAGCACAGCUGAUUAGGUUAGCACUCUUCUGUUCCCCUUUUUUGCCUGGAAAAUUUCCAAACGUUGAUUGUGCUGGCGUUUGUCGCUGUGGAUAAGUAAAGGGGAAAAUCACCAUAAUGGUCCUGUUGGCAUAAAAGACAAGGGACAUCUGCAAUGUAAAGAAGAUCGAGUUCUUGGAUUCAUGCAGCAGACAUUUACUACUGCUGAAUCAAAUGUUAGUUAAUACACUCAGGUCUGGUCCUUGUAGAACCUCAGAAUAGGUGGAAACAUUGCACAAAUAUGGCAGAACAGCAUUUAUUCACAGCAGGAGACUUGGAUGCUUCCCUCAUGGGUGGUCCACACUGAGGAAUUAAAAGGAGACUUUUUUUGAAGCUUGAAAAGAGACAUUUAUUGGUACAGUUUUGAUACAGUAAUGACCUAAGGAGAAGAGUAGACUAUAUCCUAUUUAGUCACUGUUUCAGCUUGCCAGGAGCAAUCUUGGGAUUUGAAACUCAGUUGUAUAAUAAUUAAGCACUAAAACAUUCUAAUUCAUUGUUCAGCUGUAAUGUUUGCUGUGCAAAGUGGUUAUAGUUCUGUACUGUUACUUUGAAUUACUGUGCAUUUCAUUUACUUUCUGCCUUUCUGAAAAUAAGGACAAACCUGAUGAUUAAGUUUGACAACUCCACUUUCUUUGCAACAGCAAAUGAAGAUUUUGGUUUCAGAAAUACUGUGUUGUCUCUUUAAACCUGAAUAAAACUUUUACACUUCUAGCUAACCCAAGCCAUGCAGGAAUUUUUUGUUUGGUUUGGUGGUUUUGGGUGGAUAACUGUUUUGAAAUUUCUGGAUUUAUCUGUGUGGGCUUUUCUAACUGCUGUUGUCCUAUUAAAUGCAGUUUGUUGCCAUUUACACAAUGAACAGUGACACAGCUUUAUACAAUAUCUUCUAUACGAACAUUUCAGCACAUUUAGGAUUAAUUAAUCCUUCAAAGCAUAGUAUGUAUUAUUAUUUUGGGCAUAGAAGACAGAAUCACAGAGUUAGGUUUGUUUAAAGUAGAUAUAAGAGUGUAGUGAUGUCGUGUUUUCCCCUGAUCUCACAACAGGGUGAUAUUUGUUGCUGGGUGAUAUUAAUGUUGCUGACCACUGCAAGGUAAAUCCUGUCUCCUCGAAGGUCUCUGUUCAUCAUACAUGAAACUGAAGGAAUCCGAAAGCAAAAAUGGGAAACUGAAUUGAUGACAGCUGUGGUCAGUGAUUGAAUGGAGCUAAGUAUUAGAGGAAGACAGGAUCAGAGGUGAAGGUUUGAGUCUGGCCAAACUUCUUUCUGCAGCAUAGAAUGUAAUGGGAUUCCAGAUAUACUGGUUGUAGUGUGUGCCUUUAAUAGGUGGACUGGGAAAUUUGAUAUCCUGACUCAGCACUUGAGAGGAUACUUGCUUUACGUCGGUUACUCAUGUAAGUCCACUGAUUUCAGAUGAGUCAUAAUUUUGAGGUAACUAAGGCAUUUUAAGUAUGUACCCAUAUUGUUUCUGGAAAAUAUAAGUUUAAAAGCUCAAAAUUAAAAAAAAAAAAACAUCCUCUUUUUUUCCUUUUUAAGUUUCAUGAUUUAAGAGGGUAUUGAGUCAUGAUUUUUGUUUUUAAUGAAUCAGUAGAGCAGCAGUGUAUUAUUCUAUGAUAGAAUAAAAUUAAAAUGUUUAUCGGAUGGGCUUUAACUGUGUGGUUGACUAUUGUGUAAUUAUGCGGCAUAACCACAGG